ACUGUCUCCAUGUCUCAAGAGUUUUCAGCAGUGAUCUUAUAGGUGUCUUGCCACACACAGAAGGGAAGGAAGCAGCAUGGGUCUUGGGAAGGAAAAAGUCUUUUAGUUAGUGCAACAGGAGACAUGAGAGCAGACUACAUCCCACUUAACGUCCGACUGCCUACCAGAAAGGAUUGCUGUUAGGUGAGUCAGACUUCUCCCACUGGGGAGAAACUGAAGACAGAGACUAAGUCUCCACCAUGCAGAACACCUCAGACACCACCUUUUCCUGCUACGACAAGUCUAUACUGAGCUACCGAUACAUUGCUGUCAGCUGGGGGGUGGUGGUGGCUGUGACAGGCACAGUGGGCAAUGUGCUCACCCUGCUGGCCUUGGCCAUCCAGCCCAAGCUCCGGACCCGCUUCAACCUGCUCAUCGCCAACCUCACACUGGCGGAUCUGCUCUACUGCACCUGCCUCCAGCCCUUCUCCGUGGACACCUACCUCCACCUGCACUGGCGCAGUGGCGCCACCUUCUGCAGGAUAUUUGGACUUCUCCUUUUUGCUUCCAACUCUGUCUCCAUCCUCACCCUCUGCCUCAUUGCACUGGGACGCUACCUCCUCAUUGCCCAUCCUAAGCUCUUUCCCCAAGUUUUCAGUGCCAAGGGGAUAGUGCUGGCGCUGGUGAGCACCUGGGUCAUAGGUGUGGCCAGCUUUGCCCCCCUCUGGCCCGUUUAUGUCUUGGUACCUGUAGUCUGCACCUGCAGCUUUGACCGCUUGAAAGGCCGGCCUUAUACCACCAUCCUCAUGGUCAUCUACUUUGUGCUGGGGCUCAGCAGUGUAGGCGUUUUCUAUUGCCUCAUCCAUCGCCAGGUGAAGCGAGCAGCAAAAGCACUAGACCAGUAUAAGCUUCGACAGGCGAGCAUCCACUCCAAAGAAGUGGUGGGGAUAGAUGAGGCCAUAUCUGGUCAUUUUAAGGAGCUGGACAGCAGGAUGACACAAAAAGGGCCCAGUGAUGGGAUUUCGUCUGAGCCAGCCAGUGCUGCUACCACUCAGACCCUAGAAGAGGAUUUAUCAGAAGUGAGAGACCAGGCCAAGGACAACGUACCUAAACAUCUGGAAGAGAAAAUCCCUCCAGAAGAAUCUGCCAAGUCCCAGCUGACUAAAGGAGCCCAAAGAGCUCAGGACUCUUCAUCAGAGUUUACGAAGGUGACCCGAAUGUGUUUUGCUGUGUUCCUCUGUUUUGCCCUAAGCUAUAUGCCCUUCCUGUUGCUCAAUAUUCUGGAUGCCAAGGUCCGAGCUCCCCGGGUUGUUCACAUGGUUGCUGCCAACCUCACCUGGCUCAAUAGUUGCAUCAAUCCUGUGCUUUAUGCAGCCAUGAACCGCCAGUUCCGCCAAGCUUACAGAUCCAUCUUAAAGCGAGGACCCCAGAGUUUCCGCAGGCUUCGGUAGGACUGUGUCCCAUCACUGGAAUCUAGGACUGUCUUCUCCAGAAUCAAAGUGGCCACUGAAAUGACAAUCUAUAAAGUGAGGCCUGUGGACAUUUUCACAGACACACCCUCUCCAUCCUCCAAAUGAAGUUUCUCCAUCUUCUGAUCAGUAUUCAACCCUAGCUUACUCAAGAAGUACUGUCAAUUUUUAAUAAAUUAAUUUCAUGCUUUUAA